AUGGCCACAACAAAGACUUACGGUGCUACAACCGCACCCGUUACUGCGCAGAGACGUAGGGCCUCGCCGACGCACGAUGUAUGUCUCUACUUCUUAGCCUUGAUCCUUCCACCUCUCGCAGUCUUCUUCAAGAGAGGCUUGCUAGCUGAUUUCUGGAUCAACGUUUGCCUUUCCAUUCUCGGGUGGAUUCCGGGGGUCUUACAUGCAUGGUACAUCAUCUCCCGGAGCGAGGGCGCUAUGUGA